AUGCCGAACCUCCAAGCUCUUUUCCAGCCUCUCAAAGUCGACCCCAUCACGCUGAAGAACAGGAUAUUCAUGUCCGCCUUGACGCGCAACCGCUCCGUGCCCACGAACGUUCUCAAUGAUCUCAACGCCGAGUACUACCGACAACGCAUCGCGGGAGGCGCUGGGCUGAUUAACACCGAAGGCGUUCUCAUCGUUCAACAAGGGUAUAACGCUCCUGGUCUCUGGGCUCAAGAGCAGGUCAAGGGGUGGAAGAAGGUCACCGACGCUGUACACGAAGAGGGAAUCGGACGCGCAAGCCACCCCGACGCGCCCGAGCAAAUCGCCUCAGGACAGCCCGUCUAUGCACCCUCAGCAAUCUCCGCCCGAGGAGGCAAAUUCCACUUCCUCUCUGGCUCGCCAGGCUAUGUCACCCCCACCACCAUCGACGACCCCCGGACUCUCCUCGCGCAGUGGAAACAAGCCGCGGUGAACGCGAAAGAGGCGGGCUUCGAUGGCGUGGAGAUCCAUGGGGCGAACGGGUACCUCUGGGGCGGCAGCAUCCAGAAUAGAGCUCGGUUCGCUUUGGAGGUCGUCAAGGCCGCGGUAGAGACCUGGGGAGCAGACAGGGUGGGGAUCAAGUUGAACCCGGCGGGAGGGGAUAACGAUGUUGGAAUGCCGCUCCAAGAAACCGUGGACACGUUCAGCUACCUCAUCUCGGAACUUGACAAGCUCGGGAUUGCCUAUGUUGCGCUCGUGCGAUACGCAGAGCGGCUGGAUCCUGUUAUUGACGGUGCCCGACGCGGAACGAAGCAUGAUAUCCUCAGUACGUAUGCGCCCUUGGUGAAGAACCCUGCUACAAGGGUGUUUGUGAACUCGGGCUUUACGGGCGAGGAGGCCGCACGGUAUGUUGAGGAUGGCAAGGUCGAUGGAGUGUUCUUUGGUAUUUCGUGGGUGGCGAACCCGGAUUUCGCGAGAAGGGUGGAGACGGGCGUGGCGCUGGAACGGAAUAUUGAUUUUGCGUCGCUGUUUGGGCAUGGAGGUGUAGAGGCAGAUGAGAGGAAGGGGUAUGCUGACUAUCCUGCGGCGACGUUUCAGAUGUCCUUACUUAGAUGA